CAGCUCAGUGAGUCCUGGGGAAAGAAACUAACGGACAGAGACAGAAGAGCUGCAGCCGUCUGACGCUUACUGGACUAAAUCUAUAACCAACUCUGAACAAAUGAUCUGAAAACCGGAAAAGACAUCACAGAAAAGGUCAUCUCUGUGCACGUGUUUGGGAUGAAGGACCUGUGGAACCUCCUGUUCAUCACCCUCCACCUGUUAGGAGCCGUUACUUCACAGGUCAACCCAGGUGUGUGUCGGUAUCCUCUGGGCAUGUCAGGAGGACAAAUACAGGAUGAGGACAUCUCAGCUUCCAGCCAGUGGUCUGAAUCCACCGCUGCCAGAUAUGGCAGGUUGGACUUCGAGGAGGGCGAUGGAGCGUGGUGUCCGGAGAUAACCGUUGAGCCUGACAACCUGAACGAGUUCCUCCAGAUUGACCUGCGCUCGCUCCAUUUCAUCACCCUUGUGGGCACCCAGGGUCGUCAUGCAGGAGGCAUCGGCAAUGAGUUUGCCCAAAUGUAUAAGAUUAAAUACAGCCGUGACGGGAGCCGCUGGAUCUCCUGGAGGAACAGGCAGGGCAAGCAGGUGAUUGACGGAAACAGGAACACAUAUGACAUUGUACUCAAGGACCUGGAGCCACCCAUCAUUGCUCGUUUUGUCCGCUUCAUGCCUGUCACAGACCACUCCAUGAACGUCUGCAUGAGAGUGGAGCUUUACGGCUGUGAAUGGCUGGAUGGCCUGGUGUCGUAUAACGCUCCAGCAGGAGAACAGAUGAACCUGCCCGGUUUUCCUGUUUAUCUUAACGACUCCGUCUAUGAUGGAGCCAUCACCUACAGUAUGACGGAGGGUUUGGGUCAACUGACUGACGGCAUGUGCGGUCUAGAUGAUUUUACACACAGUCACGUCUACAAUGUGUGGCCAGGAUACGACUAUGUGGGCUGGAGCAACAACAGUUUCCCCGGUGGAUAUGUGGAAAUCAUGUUUGAGUUCGACCGCACUCGUAACUUUACCACCAUGAAGGUCCACUGUAAUAACAUGUUCUCGCGGCACGUCAAAGCCUUCCGCCAAGUCACGUGUUACUUCAGGUCUGACCUGGAUUGGGAGACCACGCCCCUUCGCUUCAGCCCUGUGGUGGAUGAGAAGAACCCGAGUGUCCGAUUUGUCACAGUCAACUUGGCCAAUCAAAUGGCCAGUGCCAUCAAGUGCCAGUUCUACUUCUCUGAUGCCUGGAUGUUGUUCAGUGAAAUCACCUUUCAAUCAGAUACAGCUAUGUACAACACAACACUGGCUCCACCCAAACCCAGACUACCGACCAACGUGCAACCAGAAGAUGACCCCACCCACAAAGUGGAUGACAGCAACACAAGGAUUCUGAUUGGCUGUUUAGUGGCUAUCAUCUUCAUCCUUGUGGCCAUUAUUAUCAUUAUCUUGUGGAGGCAGGUGUGGCAGAAGAUGCUGGAGAAGGCCACUCGCCGGAUGCUGGAUGAUGAACUAACUGUUAGUUUGUCAAUACAGAGUGAGACGUUUGCCUACAACCACACCCACAACCAGUCGGGCACCACUAACGAACAGGAGUCAAACUCCACCUACGAGCGCAUCUUCCCCCUUGGCCCAGACUAUCAGGAGCCUUCGCGACUAAUAUGCAAGCUGCCAGAGUUUGCACACAACUCCGAAGAGCCGGCUAAUACCAGCACUGCAACUUCUAAAUCCACCACAGCUCCUGUGGUCCAAGAUGGCGUCCCUCACUACGCAGAGGCCGACAUUGUAAACCUGCAAGGUGUGACCGGAAGCAACACAUAUGCUGUGCCUGCAGUCACUAUGGACCUGCUGUCAGGGAAGGAUGUUGCCAUAGAGGAGUUCCCACGGAAACUGCUGGCAUUCAAAGAAAAGCUUGGAGAGGGCCAGUUUGGAGAGGUACACCUGUGCGAGGCAGAGGGAAUGCAGGAGUUCAUGAAUAAAGAGUUUGUAUUUGACAUUCCAGAGGACCAGCCAGUUUUAGUAGCUGUCAAGAUGCUCCGCUCAGAUGCUGAUAAGAAUGCAAGGAAUGACUUCUUGAAAGAAAUAAAGAUUAUGUCACGCCUGAAGGACCCCAAUAUAAUUCGGCUGCUAGCUGUGUGCAUCUACAGCGACCCUCUCUGUAUGAUCACAGAAUACAUGGAGAAUGGAGAUCUCAACCAAUUUCUGUCCCGUCAUGAACCAGAGGGACAACUCGCUCUGCUCAGCAAUGCACCUACUGUCAGCUAUAAUAACCUGUGUUACAUGGCCAAUCAGAUAGCAUCCGGGAUGAAGUACCUCUCCUUUCUAAACUUUGUUCAUCGAGAUUUGGCCACAAGGAAUUGCCUAGUGGGCAAAAACUACACUAUAAAGAUAGCAGACUUUGGCAUGAGCAGAAACCUGUACAGCGGUGACUACUACAGAAUCCAAGGCAGAGCUGUGCUGCCAAUACGCUGGAUGUCCUGGGAGAGCAUCCUGCUGGGAAAGUUUACUACAGCUAGUGAUGUAUGGGCGUUUGGAGUAACCCUGUGGGAAAUACUGACCUUCUGCAAGGAGCAGCCGUACUCUCAGCUCACUGAUGAGCAAGUGAUCGAGAACACAGGGGAGUUUUUCAGGGACCAGAAAAGACAGAUCUACCUGCCUCAGCCAAUGCUGUGUCCAGACUCGCUGUACAAGCUCAUGCUGGGUUGCUGGAGGAGGAACACAAAGGAACGACCAUCCUUCCAGGAAAUACACAGAGCCCUCCUGGAAAGACCGUCUUAAACUGGGCAAAAUCGACUAUGAUUAUUCCCAGUCUGUUCAUCUCUGAUAGACGUUGUACAUAACAACACAGUGUUUCCUUUGCAAUCCAGGUUUAAGCUAUCUCCAGCCAAGACAAUGCGAGACUCCAAGCCAUGAUUUGAGAAACACUGUUUCACGGACGUACACACUAAACUUAUGGGCUACCAGAGAC